GUAUCAUCAAGGCUUGCAGGGGGCAGUCUGCGGGAAUGAGGGAGUUAACGGUGCUUUCUCCUUUCUGGAAGGAAAACUCCCCACAAACGCCCUGGUCCCUGGCCUCCCGCCAGGGCCAAGAACAGGGACUGAAAACUGGAAGUUCAGGCGUGUGGCCAGCUCUGCCUCUCAUAGCAAGCAUUAGAGUCAGGCAGCAGCCCUGCCAUCGCCAGCUGUCCGUCCAUACACCCACCUGUCCUCUGGGUGCCUCUCUUUGUUGGUAAACCUGUCUGUCCACCGUCUGUAAUCCUGUCUCUGUCCAACCUUCUCUUACUAUCUUUUGUCCAGCUAUCUGGACUGUCAAUCCAUUUGUUUGUCUGUCUCUGGCCUCCAUCUAUUUGUUCAUCUGUCCAAUCACUUGUGAGUCUAUCUGCCCAUCUUGUUCAUUCAUCCACCCAUCUGUCUGUCUACCUGCCUUGUCUCUCCACCCUGGACCUCAGAGCCAUGGCCCAGGGACGCAGGGCCACGGUCAGCAUGGUCCUUCUGGGAUUGGGGCUGGCCCUAGCCAUCAUCGUGCCCGCCGUGGUCCUCUCUCGCCACCAUGCCCACUGCGGCUCCCAGGCCUUUGCCCACGCUGCGGUCGCCGCUGACUCCAAGGUCUGCUCGGAGAUUGGACGAGCCAUCCUCCAGCAACAUGGCUCACCUGUGGAUGCCGCCAUUGCGGCUCUGGUCUGCACCGGAGUCGUCAACCCUCAGAGCAUGGGGUUGGGCGGAGGGGUCAUCUUCACCAUCUAUAACGCCACCACAGGGAAGGUGGAAGUCAUCAAUGCCAGGGAGACGGUGCCUGCCAGCUAUGUCCCCGGUCUGCUGGACCAGUGUGAGCAGGCCCAGCCACUGGGCACAGGGGCCCAGUGGAUUGGAGUGCCCGGGGAACUCCGUGGCUAUGCUGAGGCCCACCGUCGCCACGGCCACCUGCCAUGGGCACAGCUGUUCCGGCCCACCAUCUCCCUGCUCCGAGGGGACUACCGCAUGCCCUUUACCCUCAGUCAGUUCCUGCAGAGUGACUUCCUACGGCCUUCCCUGUACAUGACUUCUCUGAGGCAGCUCUUUUUCAAUGGGACAGAACCUCUGAAGGCUCAGGACCCGUUCCCAUGGCCCGCGUUGGCUGCCACCCUGGAAACUGUGGCCACAGAAGGUGCAGAGGUCUUCUACACAGGGACGCUGGGCCGGACGCUGCUGGAGGACAUUGCCAAUCAAGGUAGCCAGCUGACCCUGCAGGACCUGGCAGAGUUCCAGCCGGAGGUAGUGGAUGCCCUGGCAGUGCCCCUGGAGGACUACACCCUAUACUCACCGCCACCACCCGCAGGGGGUGCGAUUCUCAGCUUCAUCCUCAACGUGCUCAAAGGGUUCAACUUCUCCUCUGAAUCGGUGGCCAGGCCCGAGGGGAGCGUGAACUUGUACCAUCACCUUGUGGAGACGCUCAAAUUUGCCAGGGGACAGAGGUGGCGACUGUGGGACCCUCGUAGCCACCCGGAUAUCCAGAACGCCUCCCAGGACCUGCUGGGAGAGGCUUUGGCCCAGCACAUCCAGCAGCAGAUCGACGCUCGGGGUGACCACCAUCUCAGCCACUACAGCCUGGCCGGGGCCUGGGGCCACGGGAUGGGCACGGCGCACGUUUCUGUGCUGGGGGAGGAUGGCAGUGCUGUGGCAGCCACGAGCACCAUCAACACGCCCUUUGGAGCAAUGCUGUACUCGCCACGCACGGGCAUCCUCCUCAACAAUGAGCUUCUGGACCUAUGCUGGAGGCGCUCCCCGGACUCCAGAGUCACCCCACUACCUGUUCCAGGCGAGCGACCUCCAUCAUCCAUGGUCCCCUCCAUCUUGAUCAAUGCAGCUCAGGGGUCAAAGCUGGUGAUCGGUGGGGCUGGUGGGGAGCUCAUCAUCCCUGCUGUGGCUCAGGCCAUCAUAAACAAGCUAUGGCUUGGCUUUGACCUGAGGACUGCCAUUGAAGCCCCUAUCCUGCAUGUCAACAGCGAGGGCCAUGUGGAAUAUGAGCCCAACUUCAGCCGGGAGGUGCAGAAGGGGCUCCAGGACAGGGGCCACAACCAGACCAUGAGGCCCUUUUUCCUGAACGUGGUCCAGGCCGUGUCCCAGGACGGGGCCUGUGUGUAUGCCGCAGCGGACCCAAGGAAAGGCGGGGAGGCCUCGGGCUACUGAGGAGACUGCUUCUGGCAGCUGCGAUCCGGCCCACCGUCAGUGUGUGCUCAGGCUGGCCUUGGCUGUGGGACCCAGCACCCAAGCAAGAUCUGGACCCUUCAGCGGAGGGUCAGCCUGGGCUGCAAGAGGUGGGGACAGGCUGGACGAUGGACGACUGUGGGGACUGAGCCCUCCCCAGAGUCUCAUGUGGCCCUGCCCUGGCCCCCCAAGCUUCCCCUGGACCUCUUACUCAGGACCGUGGCCCACUCUCCCUCCCCACCUACCCCACUCCCCAUCUGUAUACCCUCUAGUCCAAGAUUAAAGAGGAGGGUGGACCUCGGCAUGA